GGCAUCGUUCACAACGACGUCAAACCGGGCAAUAUUCUUCUGCACAAUGGCAAUGUGAAGAUUGCCGACUUUGGCAAGGCGAGAAACUUGGCCAAUCUUGGCCGUGUCACCAAAGGCACUCGUCGUUAUACAUCGCCUGAAAUGGCCAGAGCCUCACUGAAUGGUGACCGCAAAUGCGAGGAUUUUUCUGCCGCUGUUGAUAUUUGGGCACUUGGUGCUACACUAUAUCAGCUACUUGAAUGCCAUUUUCCCUAUGAAGAUGCAAAUGACGAUACCGUUUUAGAGGCCAUCGCAAACCAAGGCCUUAAACUUUCAGAUAACGAAAGCUAUUCAGUUAAAGUGAAAACCUUUUUCUCAUUAAUGACAGCGAUUGAUCCUAAAGAGCGUGCUUCAGCUGAUGCGCUCUGUACCAAUUCAUUUCUAGCUCAAGCUUGCACUUGCAGUGAACUUGAUGAAAUAAUCAAAGUGAAAAAAAUGUGGAAGGAACAACAGGGUCAACAUGAAUAA